ACCAUGUAUAAUUACAAUGACCAUUAUCUAUUUAGUUUAUUUUAUACAUAUUGUUAAAAUAAAUUAAAAUUCUAAAUAUAUAAACAUUAGAAAAACAUGCACUGGCUUAGAAGGCUCUGUUUGCAUAGCUAAAACAGGACCCAAUAGCUAAAAUUAUACAGAAAGAAUAGUACCAUUGCGAAUCAGCAUGGCUUUUUUUAAAUGGAGGGUCUAUUGAAAUGCACAAUUCAAUAAAAAGAGUUUGUAAAAAUUUCUCAAAUAACCAAAAUGUAAAUAGCUUCAAAAUACUUGCUAACUUUGAAUUAGUAUUGUCACGCUUACUGAUACUUUCCAAAUGUUCAUCUUUGUUUACUUAUUGGGAUCUCCAUCAACAGAAAUAUGGAGGGAUUUGGUCCACCUACUAUUCAAAUGCAGUUUACAGGGGAGAAAACAGUAAUAAGGAACCAGACUCUUUCUAUAAUCAACAGUUCAGAGUGGGUUACAAUAAAUACUACUUAUCACAUGGCAUGAAAAUAAAUAUAUCUGAUAUUGCCACUGUUCAUAAAUACAAUCUAAAAUUAUUCAUAGAGAAGUAUCAGCUACAAACUAUCUUUAAGAAUGGAUAUGAUGCUCCAGGAACCUUUAAUCCACGUACUGGAAAAUGGCAGGGGGUUAUAGGCAUGGUUGGAUAUGAUGAAGUGGAUCUUGGAGUUGGAGCAUAUGCACGAACCGUUGAAAGGUCAACCUUUGUUGAAUUUACAUUUGUUUUACAUACGCCAGAAUAUAACGGAUGGGUUACAAAGUAUCCAGAGAAAACAGCUGCAUCUGAAAACCUGUCAAAGGUAUUUGACAAGUACACCUGGAUUGCAAUUCUAAUAAGUGUAAUAUCUACAAGUAUUGCUAUGUUGGUUGUCUCAAAAGUGUUGAAGAAUCUUGGAUUCAAACAGCCAGACAGUGUAAUUGUUAGCCUGAUAGCGUUCUCUUUACUGAAUGCUGAAGGUAUGCCAGACUGGUUCCUUAUCUCUAAAAAAAGAGUGUAUUCUGGAAGUAUAAUGCUGAUGACUUGGGCAUUAGCAUGUUCACUCUUAACAUUUGGAUUUUCUAGCAACUUAAGGGCAAUACUACUGUCCCCAUCUUAUGAACCGUUUAUGGAUUCAUCAUUCCAAAUUGCAGAGAGGGGAAUGACUCUUGUUUGGAAUACAAAAUACAAUGCAAUACUUGACUACAUGAGGUCAUCUCCUAAUCCAUCUGUUUCUGAAAUUAUGAAAACUAUUGUAUAUGUUACUUCUGAGGAUGAUGUAUCGGAGAUUAUUGCUGAAAAAGGAUUGAAAAAUUUAGUUUUCUAUACUAAUGAACUCAUACCAGAUAUACCAUUCAAAGAAUACGAGAGUAAAGAAGUAAUAUCUUCAAAGGGUUCAGGACAUGUUAUUCAAAAAAACUCUAAAUGGCAAGAAAUUAUUGAAUAUCACAUCUUAAUUGGGCUUCAGGCUAGUUUUGAGACAUUUGUAAAAAGAAAAACAAACGAUUUAUUUAUAGAAAGCAAAGUUGAAAAGGAAGAAAUGGAUGAAUUGGAAAAGCUAAAAAUUAAUCAUUUGGCCUCUGCAUUUAUUAUUCUCGGAGUUGGACUUGGAAUUUCUACCCUAGGAAAAAAUGGAUUUUUAUUUUGA